ACCAUUUCCGCAGAGGCAGGGCAAGAAGAGGGCCACAGGUGACGUCAUUCAGGAAAGCCGCCCUGACUGGAGGGAAGGAGGCGGAGUCUAGUUUCCCUGGUGACGGAUUGUCCAGUGGUCGCCUGGUAACCGGUCGUGGCUGUACUGGCGGCAGCAGGGCUGGCGGCUUAGGCCGCAGAGGUCUGUGGGCCUGAGCCCACGCUGGACUCUGUCCGUUCUGCGAUGACUGCUGCUCUGGCCGUCAUCACGACGUCGGGUUUGGAAGAUGGGGUGCCUAGGUCCCGUGGCGAAGGGACCGGGGAAGUGGUCUUGGAGCGGGGGCCCGGCGCGGCCUACCACAUGUUCGUGGUGAUGGAGGACUUGGUGGAGAAGCUGAAGCUGCUCCGCUACGAGGAGGAGUUCCUCCGGAAGAGCAACCUGAAGGCCCCGUCCAGACACUAUUUUGCACUGCCUACCAACCCUGGCGAACAGUUCUACAUGUUUUGUACUCUUGCUGCUUGGUUGAUUAAUAAAGCGGGACGUCCCUUUGAGCAGCCUCAAGAAUAUGAUGACCCUAAUGCAACCAUAUCUAACAUACUAUCCGAGCUUCGGUCAUUUGGAAGAACUGCAGAUUUUCCUCCUUCAAAAUUAAAGUCAGGUUAUGGAGAACAUGUAUGCUAUGUUCUUGAUUGCUUCGCUGAAGAAGCAUUGAAAUAUAUUGGUUUCACCUGGAAAAGGCCAAUAUACCCAGUAGAAGAAUUAGAAGAAGAAAGUGUUGCAGAAGAUGAUGCAGAAUUAACAUUAAAUAAAGUGGAUGAAGAAUUUGUGGAAGAAGAGACAGAUAAUGAAGAAAACUUUAUUGAUCUCAACGUUUUAAAGGCCCAGACAUAUCACUUGGAUAUGAACGAGACUGCCAAACAAGAAGAUAUUUUGGAAUCCACAACAGAUGCUGCAGAAUGGAGCCUAGAAGUGGAACGUGUACUACCGCAACUGAAAGUCACGAUUAGGACUGACAAUAAGGAUUGGAGAAUCCAUGUUGACCAAAUGCACCAGCACAAAAGUGGAAUUGAAUCUGCUCUAAAGGAGACCAAGGGAUUUUUGGACAAACUCCAUAAUGAAAUUACUAGGACUUUGGAAAAGAUCGGCAGCCGAGAAAAGUACAUCAACAAUCAGCUUGAGAAUUUGGUUCAAGAAUAUCGUGCAGCUCAAGCCCAGCUGAGUGAGGCAAAGGAGCGAUACCAGCAGGGAAAUGGAGGAGUGACAGAAAGAACCAGACUCCUCUCUGAGGUUAUGGAAGAAUUAGAAAAGGUAAAACAAGAAAUGGAAGAAAAGGGCAGCAGCAUGACUGAUGGUGCUCCUUUGGUGAAGAUUAAACAGAGCUUAACAAAACUGAAGCAAGAAACUGUAGAGAUGGACAUUAGAAUUGGCAUUGUGGAACACACACUACUCCAAUCAAAGCUGAAGGAGAAGUCCAACAUGACUAGGAACAUGCAUGCCACAGUUAUUCCAGAACCAGCAACAGGCUUUUAUUAAAACACACUGGUUUUCAUGUU